CGCCAAAACCACGAAAACACACCGACGGACGCGGACAUUACAGCCCGUCGGCGCUUUUCUGCGGGAGGAUUUACCGACGUUUCUUUGGCCUCCGCUUCCUUCCGAUCAGCGCAUUUUGAGGGUUUUAUUCUCCCCCAAACGAAGGGAUGUCUGUUGCGGGCUUGAAAAAGCAGUUUCAUAAAGCCACCCAGAAAGUCAGUGAGAAGGUCGGAGGGGCAGAAGGAACCAAGCUUGAUGAUGACUUCAAGGAAAUGGAAAAGAAGGUGGACACCACCAGCAGAGCAGUGCUGGACAUCAUGACCAAAACCACAGAGUACCUACAGCCGAACCCAGCGUCCAGAGCCCGGCUGAGUAUGAUCAACACCAUGUCCAAGAUCCGCGGGCAGGAGAAAGGUCCGGGCUACCCGCAGGCCGAGACCGUCCUGGGCGACGCCAUGCAGAAGUUCGGACGGGAGCUGGGGGAGGAGUCCAGCUUCGGCCUGGUGCUGAUCGACGCCGGUGAGGCCAUGCGGGAGCUGGGCGAGGUGAAAGACGCUCUGGACAUGGAGGUCAAGCAGAACUUCAUCGACCCCCUGCAGAACCUCCACGACAAAGACCUCAAGGAGAUCCAGCAUCACCUGAAGAAGAUGGAGGGCCGGCGUCUGGACUUCGACUACAAGAAGAAACGCCAGGGGAAGGUCCAGGACGACGAGAUCAAACAGGCGCUGGAGAAGUUCGACGAGAGCAAAGAGAUCGCAGAGCAGAGCAUGUUCAACCUGCUGGAGAGCGAUAUAGAGCAGGUGAGCCAGCUGGCAGCGUUGGUCCAGGCCCAGUUGGAAUAUCACAGCCGCGCCGCCGAAAUCCUCCAACAGCUCUCCAGCAAGAUGGAGGACAGGAUAAAGGAGGCGUCCAGUAAACCGAGGAAGGAGUACGCUCCCAAACCCCGCAUGACUCUGGAGCUGCUGCCGCCCAGCGAGAGCCACAACGGGGGGCUGCACUCCGCCAAGUCCCCCGGGAAGUCACCAGCCCCCAUGGACCAGCCCUGUUGCCGGGCGCUCUACGACUUUGAACCAGAGAACGAGGGUGAGCUGGGCUUCAAAGAGGGUGACAUCAUCACCCUGACCAAUCAGAUUGACGACAACUGGUAUGAAGGCAUGAUCCAUGGCCAGUCGGGCUUCUUUCCCAUCAACUACGUGGAUAUCCUGGUCCCGCUUCCUCAUUAGGCUUCGCCGAAGGCCCAACCUCAUGCCCGCCCCAAUCCAACCAAUCCAAACACCCCGGAAGCAGCCUGUAUUUGCAUAAACAACAAACCACGCCCCCUUCUACUACUACUUCUGUGCUUCUGUGCGAUUCUGCUUUCACAAAAUGGACUGAAACAACUGCGAUGGUUUCCAAUGACAGGAGAUGAGACAAGACAGGAUGAUUGAUGUUUAGAAGGGAAGAUAAGCAACCGAGCGAGGAGGAUCUGAGUGUUGCAGAAAGAUACAGAAGAGAGGAGGAAGAGGGUGAUGGGAAGGGAAGAGAAGAUGAAGAGAUGACAGUGUGUUUCAGCACAGUGCUCAGCCAUGCAGCACCGGAUACCAGGGAAGAUUUGGAGACUUGUUAAGGCACAGUGUAUAUGUAUGUGCAUGUAUGUGUCUAUUCGUGCGUUUCGACCUAUUCUUACUCCGUCACGAUCAAGCCAGCACAGUUCCUGCUCGGCAGUUCAACUGUCCAACAGGUUGUUUUGGACCCAGUUUUCUUAAUUUCUCUCUCCUUCUUGCUGUCUUUCUCUGCCUUUUGAAGUUGUUCUGCCUUUUCUACUUUGACAUGCCUUCUUUUGCUGUUGCUUGUCGCUAGGUUUUUCAACAAUUGUCAUUUUCUUUUCAGGGUAUUUUUUUAUUUCUUUCCUUAUUUCUCUAGCUCUUCCUUUUAGCAUGGCUCCAUAUACAGAAAUCAAUGAUCCAAAGUUACAGAUAGUUAUUUAAUCUGCCCAUUUCUGUUUGAGUAUAACGCAUACCUGCUCCAAGCACUUGUUGUAAUGUACUCUGCCUUUUUCGGAGUCUGCAUCGAAACUCAGCAAAGUGGCUGCAUGCAUGAACUAGCCAUAUUAAACGUUGAGCGAUAAGACGCAAAUGAAAUUGAGGUUUCAAGAGUGUAUCACUGUGGUUGGAGGGAAGCUGUGCCAUCUGCAAUAAGUAGAUUUUUCAGAAAUGAAGAGAAGAAUGCUUACUCAUUUUGAUACCCAUUUGUCUAUGAAUAGAUACAAUGGGGAUUUUACUAGGAUUCAAGCGUCCAAAGAUCACGAAACUCCUCCCCACACAUACAUGUCAACUUUUAGUUCAGGUGCUGAAAAGAGAAAUUUGAGUCACUUAUGACUUACUUGACAGCAGUGCCCUGCUAACACAACCAGCACAGGCCAGUUGUUUUGAAGAAUUUUUUUGCCGGGCUGGUGAACAGAUAGGCCUAUAAAGAUUUCAGUGUUUUCUUUCUCUGUAUACUAUUCUGAGUUACCCAUUCAAAGUGUUUUGUAUGUACUGUGUGGAGUAGAUGCUUGCAGAUUUGUCUCAUCCGUUGCUUUUGCAUGCAGGUCCGUGUACAGCGGUAGCCAUUAUAAAAGUCCCAUAUUAUGUACCUUUGUUAUGUAUCUGCUUUUGAGGACUCUGAAUCAGAGCAUUUAUUCAAGUGAGGCAGUAGGAAGGGUUUUAGUGCCACGCUAAAGGGCACAACAAUGGGACCGCGUCAUGGUCGGUGGGCACACUGCCUGUUUUGCAUAAUUGCAGCAAUGAUGAGCAUUAAAACCGCCAUCCCUUCGCCAUCUCUCGCCCAGCUGUACCGAGUUAGUUCCAAACGUUCCAGAAUCUUGACCGUGUUCUUAGACCCUCGAAACAUGUCACAGUUUUCUAAAUUUUUGAGAAUGUUCCACCCUUGAGUCCACCAAACGUCACUAAACCUCAAGAUUGUUCAUAAGCUCAGAAGAAUCCCACAAUCUCUGCAGCACUCUAAAGCAUUCUCAGACUUCCUAGACACUCGAGAACCCUCAGACCCUUCGAGAAUUUGCAGAAUAUUUGAACAACCCGCAGCCCUCGUAAGCUCCUGUAAAACUGAAGAAUCUACUUUCUAAAGCAUUCUUAGGCCUUCUGGAAUGCUCAAGAAUGCUCAGAGGAUUCUGAAACCCUAAGACCCUUUGAGAAUUUGCAGAACGGCUGGGAACCUUCAGGACUGUUCUACUGAAUGACACAGACUCCCAACAUUAUUCAUAAACUUCGCAGUGUUCAAGAAUCUGUACAAGAUUCUAAAGCAUUCUCAGACUUCCUAGUCACUCUAGAAAGCUCAGACCGUUUGACAAUUUGCAGAAGGUUUGAAUGACCCACAACCCUGGCAGUGUUGGUAAGCUCCACAGGAUUGCAGAAUCUUUGCAACUUCCUAAAGCAUUCUCAGGUCUCCUGGACACUCUAGAACGCUCAGAGAAUACUGAAACCCUUAAACCAUUUGAGAAUUUGCAGAACGUUUGGGAACAUUCAGGAACAUUCUACUGAGCAUUCAUAAGCUCUGCAGCAUUGGGGAAGCUGUGUGACAUGCUGCAGCGUUCCCAGACUCCCGGGAUGCUCCAGAACACCCAGAGCAUCCUGAAACCCUCAGACAGUUUGAGAAUUCAUGGAGCGUUCAUGAAUGUUCCACUCAAAGUCGCAGAACCCUGAGAGCGUUCACAAGCUCGGGUGAGUUGUGGAAUCUCCACAACUUUCUAAAGCUUUCUAAAGCUCUCUCAGGCCUUCUGGACACUCGAACGCUAAGAACGUUCUGGAACCCAGAGACCAUUCGAGAGUUCGCAGAACAUUCAGGAACCCUCUGAAUGUGCCGCAGCUGCACCCUCUGGACAGGUCCUGCUGUGCAGCUGUGCAUGCAGGCUCACAUAUUUGAUAUUACAAAGAGUUCCUCUCAGUUAGUACGUGGUUUGUGUCGGUGGUGACUAUUCGCUGUGCUUGUUCCCUGUUGCAUGGCAGCACACAGCAGUAAUGGGACUUCUACAAUGGCUAUUCCUGUUGCUCCACCAAAGUGCGAUGUAUGUGUUUACGUGUAUCAGCAGUAUUCUGUAUAAAGCAGUACUGAAGAGCCUCCUCUGACGCCGACCUCAACAAAGACGUUGACGUCAUUUAUUGUUGAAGGCUCUUGUUAUUGAACGUUCAAUAUCACUGGUGUCAGACUAGAACUUUGUAAAUUAACUUUUAAUCAGUUAAGAUAAACCUUUAUUCCAGAUUGACUACCAUGUAUUUUUUGAAGUUUUAUUCUGGCUUUUUAGUGGAUUUCAUAGUUCUUACGGUGAUGAAACACAUUCUACCUGUAAAGGACUAAGGAAACCUUUAAUCCAAGUAAACACAUGAAAAUCGGUGAAACCAGAGUCACAGUGUUUUGCCAUUUAUGCAGAAUUUAUGAGGAAUCUGUUCCAGGAUGUGUCUGAUAUUCUGUUUAUCAAGAUGUCAUUGAUUUUUCUAUAUCGCAGCAACCAAGACACAGGCUGCAUGGAUGUAGCUUUAUGAUGUAUUUAUAUUGGCACUGUUUGCUAUCCUGCAAAAAAAAAAAAAAAAGGAAAAAAAAAUCCAACUUCACAAGUGAUUUGAUCUUGUGUUAAGUUUUGAAAAGAGGUUUCACAUUCUCCGAUCAGCUUGUUUCAAGAUUUUUCUUUUAAGCAAAUGUUAAUUGCUCUUGAAAUAAUGCAGGUCGCUCCAUUUAUACCAAGAUGAAAAAAAAAAAUCUAAAUUAAAAUACUCUUGCAGUGUUUAGAGAUCUGCUCAGGCGCGAGGAUGUAGUAUUAUAGUUCUGACUGGUUAGGGUUAGCGUUCCUGUGGUGCGGUGCAAUGCUUGGUUUAUGUAGAAUCCAUUGUACAUAUAGAAAAAAAAAAAGGAUAGUGUCAAAGAUUGGAUAAAGGGCCUGUGCUGUAUGUUCCUCUGCUCUGUGGUGCAAAAAGCAGGAGCUGAACUCGGUUUAAUUCUCAUAAACUGACACUCUAAUUUGCCGCACUAACAUUAUCCAAAUUAAAACAAGACUCAGACGGUUGGAUAUUUCCUGAAGCAGAGCCUGGGUGUCGCGCGCCGAGCAGAUCAUUUUGAUCCUCAUUAAAGCUGCUGCGUUGAACUUCAACGGGACGGGCCUAACGGUAAUGUGGCUAACUAGCUAGCCUUAUGCUUCACCUGCCUGUGCGUGUGCUUUGGUGAUGUCAUACAUGUGCGACAGCUGUUGUGGUGGCGACAUCAUCAGUAAAGUGCCAGGAAGCUACUGUAACCUUUUUUCGUUGUUGUUGUUGUUGUUAAGCAGAGAGUGUCUGUGACUAAAAAAGAAAAAAAAUAUAAGCAGUAUAUAUAUAUCAGCUUGAGGUAGAACAUGCACGACUGAAUCAGCUCCUAAAGCUAUGGCUCGGGGCCACAAACGGGGCCACGUCAUGCCUGUUUGUAGGGCCUUUCAUAAGAGUAAUAAGUAUUUAUCAGGUUUCCAGCUGAGGAUGAGAUAUUCCUACAAGUUUUUUCCUAAAGGCUGGAAAAAAGCUCAAGAAUCCUUUGUGAACGCUAUAAGGGUUCAGCAGUAAUAACAAUAACAAUAAUAAUGAUAAUAAUAAUAAAAAUAAUAAUAACAAAAUCAGGUCAGUUCUCUCAAUAAUCUCUCAACAAUCAACAGACAAUAAUCUUUCAAUACCAAGGCAAUAAGUGAGGAUGUAAUAAUGAAAUCAAACAUUUCAAUAAGACGAGGAGAUCAGUGGGAAGGAAAGCUGUUGAACUUUAGCUGUUCGUGUCAAUAUGACUGUGUUUAAAACUCACUCCCUGGCUCUCUGUCUGUCUGUCUAUCUAUCUAUCUAUCUAUCUAUCUAUCUAUCUAUCUAUCUAUCUAUCUAUCUAUCUACCUAUCUACCUAUCUAUAAUAGAAAGAGCUUUACCGGUAUAUGAUUCUCUUCCGUUACCAAAGCACAUGACAUGACUAACUUGAACUGUAACAACACCAGUAACCACAAACCAACUAACGCAAAUUAUAACUAGGAAUCUCUCUCUCUCUCUCUCUCUCUCUCUUUCCUUUCCUAUAAUCGUCCCAGGUUGUUUUAAAAAGAGAGGACGGGAGUCCAGCUGUUGUUUUUAUUUUAAUUUUGUUAUUUUCUCCCUCUUGUCUGUGGAUUCUGAGUCUGACAUCUGGUUUCUGAGUCCGCCUGUCAAAAGUCUGUGAGCUGCAUGCAACUGAACCGCUUUACGUCUGAGGAGGUUUUCGACGAAUUAAAAAAAAAAAAAAAAUGAAAAGAAAAAAGAAUAAAAAAACAGGACAGACCUGGGAGGUAAUGAUUUGUCCUGCUGGCUUUCUCUCUAACUUCAGUUCGCCUCUGUUUUCAGGUUCUUGCUCGUUCUGUCACUUUUUCCUCUUAAGAUUUGCUCUCUUUCUUUGAACAGAAUUGAUUUUUUUUUCCCUUAAAAUUACUUGAUUAUUUUAAAUGAAGUGCUUUAAGACUGGGUUUUGUUGAGCACUUAUUUUGUGAUUUUUUUUUUCAGUGUAAUUUUUCCAGUUUUUUCUUUAUGUUUUUCUUGUUUCAUGCUGUUUUGCCCUCUAUGGCGACAUGUAUUAUAACCUCAAUGAGGGAUUGUACAGUGUUAUCCUUUUGUUUUUCCUCGUCCUCCUCAUCAGAAUCGGACCUUUGCCACAUUUCACAACACCUGAAAUCUGUUUCAGUGCCGCUCUGGGACCAGCACCUCCCGGUCCUGGAAAAAGAGCAGGUCAGUUUCAGAUCUGCAGACAUUUCUCAGAGGCAGAGCUUCUGAAAUAAUCUCACUGGCUGAGCUAAACCUAAAGGGGCGGAGCCAAAUAACAUAGUACCUGUGUACACACUAGAGGGCAAUGUUGAAUUUACCAAAUCAGAAUAUGUAAUACACAAAACUAGCAUUUGUAUUUCCAGUUGCUGGACUUUUUAGCAAAGAUUCCAGCUAGCGUUGAUAGGCUAAAUCCCAAAUGUAAUUAGCAUUGCAAAACUUAGCAACUAACUCAUUGUCCUUGUAGUAAAAUCAGCUAAAAAAAAUACUUUAAUUCAGAUCUGAUAAGGACUAGUGGC